AGUAAAGAAAUGAUUGCAAUGAUUAAAAAAUUCUUUUUAUUUUUCUUGCGAAUUUUUCGUCGUGCUUUAUGUUGUUUUAGUCGAAAGAGAUCUGAUUCGAAGUCAGAUUAUGAAGGACGAUUAGAAGUGGUGAAUGUAGUCGACGAUAGUCCAAAUUUUAAGAAAUCUAACACGCUGGAUAGAGAUUGGAAUUCAUGGGAUGAUAAACCGAGAACGAUAGAGGAACACAUUGAAGUGUAUCGAGAGAAUCUAGUGAAGCCUAAAGAACCUGAACUUGUUAGUGAAACACAAAAUAUUGAUCUUUUUGCGGACAUGGCGCCAAAAAUAAUAAAACAGAAGAAAGUUUUAAUUAAUCAAGGGAAGCAGGAGCAGCCUAGUUUCUCUAGAUUGGAGGCAACAGCUUCUGCCGAAAUUCCUAUAAUAAAUGAGUUAGAAGACUGGAAUGAAAAUCAACAAGCUGGUUGGGACGAAAUAAAUGAUCAGAACACUAAAAAAUUGAUUCGUGAGACCAGAAAAGAACUUCGGGCUUCUAAACACAAACCACAUUCAAUAACUAGAUAGGAGACAAGACGAAAGUGUGAAUGAAAAUCAUUUUGAAAAGAAUUUUUGAUUUUCCACAAGUUUUAUAAAUUUUCUUCCAUAAUGGAAAAUAUUAAAAACUUAACAAAAGCAAAAGUCAACCUAAAGAAAAUAAAAUUGAAAAUAAAUUGUUUAGUAAUAAUUCAAUUAGUUUAAUAAUUUUUUUAUUUGUUUUUUGUUAAAGUUUAUUAUUAAAAUUCACAUUUACUUUUGAUAUCUAAGUGUUAGAUAAUUGUUUAGGUAAUAAAUAUCUUCCCAUAAUUUGUUUUCUUUUCUGUUUAUUAUUCGGUAAAGUAAUAAAUCAAUUCCAAAAGGGAUAAUAAAAGAAUUAUUGAAGAAAUUUGGUUCUAUAAUGUUAUUAGGUUUACAAAAAAAAAAUAUUCAACACAUUUUCAUGUUAAAAUUAACAGAAAUGUUAAUUGAAUUCACUAUUAUGUGAUUUUUCUAUUUAAUUUAAUUUUACAUAAAUUUUGUUCAUUUCCAACAUACAUAUUAAAAAUACGUAAUUUCCAUGGGGUCAAUCAAACUGUUAGAAUGCAUAAUCGUGAACAUUAAUUGCAGAAUAAAAGAAAAUAUUUGUGAUAAUAUAUUUUGUGUCAUAUCUUAAUAUGCCUUUGCGUUAUAGAAAAUUCGUAUUUUCAACAAUAGAAGAAUUUUUAUUUUAUCUUACUUAUUGUAUGCAUGUUUAAUUUACUUUCACCGUGCUCAAAUUUUAAUUUCAUUUUACUUUACUCAAGGAGAAUUAUCUAGAUGGAGACAUUUUACUUUCUUAAGGUGUUUGUCAUUGAAAUCAUUAAAUUGUCCACAAAAAAGUUUUUAUAAGAAAAAAGAAUUUUUUCUACAGAUUAAGAUUAGAUUUAAAUAUUUGUCAAUGAAGUCAAGUACACAGAGAUAAUUUGGAUGACUUUAGACAACAUUUCCUUUUAACAAACAUCAUCAUGAUCGGCUAAUUAUGAAGCUUUUCUACAUGUCUAAAACAUAUGUAUAAAUUUUAUAGACCUUAAAGUGAACAUUUAAGUAAAUCAAGGGAUAUUUCAACAUUCAAAAUAAAUUUCCGAUUGACGAAGUGACUAGAUAGCUUUUUAUAGAAUGAAAAAUUUGACAUAUCUAUCAUAUUUAAUUUCUCGAUAGGACUCGACAUGUUGAGCAUUAAAAAGAAAAUUCAUUGAACAAAUUAAAUUGAGCUUCUACAUUUAUGUUAUUAACCAACACGAUAUACAAUUAAUUUUCGUUUAAUAAUUUGUUAAUGGAAGAUCAAUUUUUGGGCAAUUUAAAUAGUAAAAAUUAUUUUCGAUGAAAAACUUUUCCAUUCUGAAUUUCCACUUUUUAA